CCCCGCCUCUCGCCCCGGCCCCGCCCUCCCGGAAGUGGGGGCCUCUUCCGGGGCGGGGCGUCGCCGCGCAUGCGCAGUGCGCCAGUCGCGGUCACCCAGGAGGGCCGCCAUGCUGACCCGCUUCCUGGGACCGCGGUACCGGCAACUGGCCCAGAACUGGGUCCCCACGGCCGGCGUGUGGGCGGCGGCGGGCGCCGUGGGGCUGGUCUGGGCCACCGACUGGCGGCUGGUGCUGGACUGGGUGCCCUACAUCAACGGCAAGUUCAAGAAGGACUGAGCGCGCCCGCCGGGGCGUCGCUCCGCAGGCGGUGUCUGUCUCCCCCUCCUCUCUCCGUGUCUCUCUGUCCUGUCCGACGGCGACCACGACGACAAGAGCCACAACAAGGCUACAACCACGCAGGCCACACGAAUAUCGCCGCCUUUACUCUUUACUGGUGGCGGCGGAAAUGAGAGGGCGAGGAAGAAAGACCUGCGCCCCGGCUCGCGCCCCUGGGCCUGGCGCUGAGGCCUGAGGCGCGCCGCCGCCUGGCCGCCAUCAAAGCAGCUUUGAAAUAAAUAUUCUGGCAGGCACAGCGA